AUGCAACCAGCGGCCGUGUCACUUAAUGGGAGAAUUCGUCGCCAUGGAAGGAAAACGCUGCUGCCGAGACCCGAGGAAUCGCAAGAAUGUGCAACUGCCACGACUGCCAUCCGAGAUCUGGGUCGGCAGCAUGCUUGGGAGGAAAGUCUGGCCAAAAUCAGGCAGUUGCAACUCCUGGCUGUGCGGACGGACACUCUGCUCCACAAUGCUGUCAUCUCCGCAUGUGAGAGGGCCACGAGGUGGUCACAGGCACUCAGCGCCCUCGGAGCACUUCGAGCGGUCAGACUUGUCGCAGACAUUGCAUCCUUCGGGACGGUGGUCAGCUGCAGCAACAAGAAGACCUUCUGGUCCCAAGCGAUGCGCGGCUUGCAAGAAUCACGCCGCCAGCAGCUGCAGCCAAAUACAAUUUCUUACAACACCGCCUUGAACUCGGCGAUUCGUGCAAUGAAGUGGCCAAUCAGCACUGCACUGUUCAACGACAUCCUUGCAGAAGGGCUGCAGCCAAGCACUAUCACUUACAACAGCGCCAUGAUGUCUCAGCUGGUUCCAGGCGACUGGCGGCAGGCACUGGCCAUAGCAUCUUCGAUGCGCCUGGGGCUUGCAGAGAUGGACCUCAUCUCGACAGGUAUUACCACGACUGCCUAUGCAAGCGAGCACGCAUGGGACGUUUGCCUUUCCGCCCUCCGCUCAGGCGGAACGUGCCAAACAGGCCCCAAUGCAGUCGUGAUCAACGCAGCUUUGGGCGGCUGCACCGGAAAAGGCUCAUGGAGGAUAGCCUGUUGCUUGUUGGAACUGUUCUGCCAGUUCUCCCAACAGCAGGACUCGACGACCUUCUCCUCUGCUGCAGGGUCAUCUUCGACAGCCCAGGAGUGGGAGUCGGCAUGCUUUCUGGUCCAGGAAUCGGUGGACAAGGGCAUGCUCGACGCGAAUCUCCUGGACGCAGCGAUCCGGGAUGCCAGCCGUGUCUCCUGGUGGCCCAAAGCACAGAAGUCCCUUCAUGGCAGUGCCCACAAUGCCUUGGUGUCCGCUGCGGCCACAGCUCGGUCCUGGCAGCAGUCCUUCGUCUG